AUGAAACUUUUAUUGCCUCUUCUACUGCUAGCAUCCCAGUCGCUGGCUGGGACAAUCAAGCUGGCCCAUCGUGCUUCACUUGGUCCUAUUGGCACCAGUAACCCCAACAUCUUGGCAGGAGGCACUGUUCAAACCGACGCUCCCCCUCUAAGCUCUUUCUUCAAGGAUCUCAAAGGGCCGUAUCCAACCAACGGAUGGUGGGCUCCAUACGCUGCAAGUCCUGGAAAGGGCACCGCUGCAGGCCCUUUUCCUUACGAAUCGUCGUUAGAUGGUCACGGUGUUUGCUUUGGUAUCGGCCAAGAUCGCAACUUCGAUGGGACGUCUAUUAAGGUGCCGACUCAGCUAGACUGGCGGGCUUCAUUCAAUGAACAUAGUGGGGGAUUUGAUGGUCACAAAGCAACUGCUUUUGACACUCAAACGGUCACAGUACAGUAUUUCCAGGGCGAAUCGUCCAUGGCCGCACAUCUGGUACCGGGUUCGCCCUACAUGACCUUCGAAUACAAGUCUGCAACGCCACUGCUAACAGCAUUGAAUGGGGGCAUCAAAUCAUUCAACGGAAAAGCUCUGAGUGGUAGCAAUACCGUGAGUGAUCAAGGCACCAAGUUUACCGUCGUCGAUACAAAGGGCACCACAUACCUAAUCUAUUCGGACUCAUCCAUCAAGCUUAUCGCCAAGGCUGAGAAUGAUAGCAAAGGAACCCUUGCUGCAAAUGGCAAGUUUACCGGUAUUCUACGAUUGGUGAUGCUCAGGGAUCCCAGUCAUGAGACACUCCUGAAUGCCCAUUCAACGGCAUAUCCUAUCUCCGUGUCUCAAGACUAUUCAAUUAGUGGCGAUUCAGGAACCGUGACAUUUAAGUGGGAGACAAAAGGUACCGGUGACUUGCUAAUGCUCACCUGGCCGCAUCAUCGCGAAGUGCUACAGAACCCCAAUUCUCCCGAGCCAUCUGCUCUAAGCUAUUUGACCCUCAAGGGGUGGAUGUACCCAACGCUCGGUAACACUUGGAGAUUGACGUACAAGUUGACUUCGAUAACCUGGAACGCCCCGCGCGACGUGGAUCCCUCCUGCAAGGCAUCAGUUGUGAACGGUCUCAAAUACGAAGUCAGCCAACUCGACGCUUCCAAAGCGCCUGCGCCAAACGACUUUUACUACUGGGGCGGCACUCUCGCAGCUAAAUCCCGCCUAGCACUGAUCGCUGACCAUGUUGGAAGCAAGGAUCUUAUCGACCCCGUUGUCAAGUACCUCAAAGCCUCUUUCGACGGCUGGUUUAGCGCCGCCAACAAGGCUCUCCCUGCUUAUGAAACCACUUGGGGCGGUGUUAUCAGCAAAGAAGGCGCCACGAAUGUCUGGGUCGACUUUGGUAACGGCUACUUCAACGAUCAUCACUUUCACUACGGUUACUUCCUUCAUAUCGCUGCAGUGAUCGCCAAGUACGAUCCGAGCUGGUUAGCUCAACACAGAGAAUAUGUGACAUUUUUUGCCCGGGACAUCAUCAACCCUUCGUCGGCCGAUCCCUUCUUCCCUAUUACACGAUGCUUAGAUUGGUUCGCUGGUCAUUCAUGGGCAUCUGGUAUUGCCAAUGGAGCUGGAAGCCGUGAUCAAGAAUCUGUCGGUGAGGCCGUCAACGGUUACUACGGCGCCAUGCUCUGGGCCACAGUAGCUCUUGAUCAAGAACACGCCAACUUUGCUCGACUCCUGCUCGCCAUAGAACAGCAAGCUGCUAGGAAAUACUGGCACCUGUACCCGAGCGCUGGUAAAGAUGAUCCUACGAAUCCUUAUCCUGAGGCCAAGUUCAGGGAUCUGAUCACCGUCGGCAACGUGAUGGAUUGGCAGACGGGGGCGUGGCUGUUCUGGGGAGCUGAGAAGGUACAGAUUGCUGCGAUUCAGAUUCUUCCUGUCACGCCUGUUAAUGAGGUUAUGUAUGACGCCGAAUGGGUCAGCAAUGUCUUCUCCUACACAAUGCCAGAAUUAACGAACGCCUCAUACGCCGACUCCUGGAAAUCUGUCAUCUACGCGGCCUAUGCCAACGCCAAGCCGCAAGAAGCCGCUACAUGGAGCGCCAAACUGAGCGACUGGGGCUCCGGAAACACAUACACAAACGAACUGUAUUUCAUCAGCACGCGCCCUAAUUCGAACGGCCAGCCUAUCUGCGCAACCCUCCCCGAGAACCCCUACGGAGACUACAAGAUCCAAGCCACAUCAGGCAAAUACAUCGUAUCCGCAACCAACGGCGGCCAACUCUCUGCGUCGGGCGCUUCAGCCAAUGACGCUGAUACUUUCUCCAGUGCCUAUGUUCCCAACGCUGGUACAUUACAGCUCGCCAGGAACAAGCAAUACGUGACGGCGGAUCAGUCGGGCACCUUUGCACUCUCGGCAGCGCGCGCAGUUGCUAGUACCUGGGAGCGGUUCAUCAUCCGACAGAAGAUAGGUGAAAGUGAGGGCGUCUAUUCGAUCAAAGCGGCUAGCAACGGGAAGUAUGUGAGAGUUGGCGGUGAUGGGACGCUGGUCAACGAUGGUGCGGCUGAGAACGAAGCAACUGGGUUCCGCUUCAUCAAGGCCUGA